ACUUCAAAGUUUACUCAAUCAAGAACUUUUAAGGACAACAAAUUGCUAAAAGGACUCUCACAUCAUCUCCACACUCUUCUGAUGUACCUUAAAAACAAAAAGCUCGAGAACUUUCCUAAUAAUGUUUCCACUCGAACUAUUGACGUGGCAAUAGAGUACUUGUUGGUUUUCCUUAAUGCUGAUGUGUCAAAUCAUGCUAUUGAUGGUAACUGGUUGAAUGAGGUUAUGGAAAAGGUUGGAGCUAUAGUGGGUGAUGUUCUGUAUGUAAUUCAAAAGCUUCUUCCUAGCUCUAUAAACAAAGAUGACACAAGCAAAAACAAUAUUUGGUCGAUACAGAUAAUGGAGAAAACUAAAGAUCUGAAGGGACAAGUGAAGACAUACUACAAAUCCUUAAAAUUCACUCCAUCUCAGUUUCCCCCUGCUGGUGGAUUGUGUUUUCUGGAGUCUCUUUUAAGGAAAUUGAAUGAGAUGUCGAAAUCUAAAUCAUGUUUAGAUUUCAUGAUGAAACCUCAUAUUGGUAAUUUAGAGAAAGAGCUAUCAUCUCUUGCAUUCAUCUUAGAGGAGGAGUUUUCAUCUUUAUCAUCCAUUUUCAGAGAUGUUGCAAAGGCGCACCAUGAACAUAAAAUUCCUAAAAAUCUUCAUAGGCGUACUAUCAAUUUGGCAUAUGAAGUUGAAGUUGCCAUUGACUCUAUUCUUGUUCAGUAUAAUGUUCUUUGGCAUAUUUUUUGCUCACUUCCUUCAAUCUUAAAAGAGAUCAAGCACAUUUGUGCAGAGGUGACUGAGAUGUGGUCGGCGGACGUUGCUCUUAAGCCUUGUUAUGUGAUAGCACCAUCUAAACAUCUGCCAACUCGACAUAGCAAUCCUGUGAAUGAUGAGGAGAUAGUAGGAUUUGAGAAUGACACAGAAAAGAUGAUUCAGUAUCUGAUUAGAGGUACAAAUGAGCUAGAUGUCCUCUCAAUUGUAGGCAUGGGAGGACAAGGGAAAACGACUAUUGCUAGACAGGUGUACAAUAACGACAUAAUUGUUUCUUGCUUCGAUGUUCGAGCAUGGUGCAUCAUUUCCCAAACAUAUAAUUGGAGAGAGCUAUUACAAGAGAUUUUCAGUCAAGUUACUGGUUCAAAGGAUAAGGAAGAUAAGGAUGACAUCCUUGCUGACAAGUUGAGGAAACACCUAAUGGGAAAAAGAUAUCUCAUUGUCUUGGAUGAUAUGUGGGAUGGCACGGCAUGGGAUGACUUAAGGCUUUCCUUUCCAGAUGUUGGAAAUAGAAGCAGAAUAGUAGUAACAACUCGACUUGAGAAAGUGGGUGCCUAUGUCAUGCACCAUAUUGAUCCGUACAUCCUUCCAUUUCUCACACCAGAAGAGAGUUGCCAAUUGUUGCAGAAAAAAGUAUUUCAGCAGGAAGGUUGCCCACCUGAACUACAAGAUGUGAGUCUAGCAAUUGCGAAAAGAUGCAAAGGAUUGCCUCUAGUAGUUGUCUUGGUUGCUGGAAUAAUCAAAAGGAAGAAAACGGAAGCCUCUUGGUGGGAUGUGGUUGAAAAAUCUCUUCUUUCCUCUCAUGGUGAAUCUGAAGGAUACAGUCUGUCAGUUGUGCAGUUAAGUUAUGAUAACUUACCUGACCAUUUAAGACCAUGCCUUCUUUACAUGGGGAUGUUUCUGGAGGACACAAAAAUUCCAGUGUCUAAAUUGAUAAGUUUAUGGAUUGCGGAAGGUUUCGUGCAGAACAUUGAAUCUGGGAGAGUAAUGGAAGAGGCAGCAGAAGGUUACUUGAUGGAUCUCAUCCACAGUAACGUGGUAAUGGUUUCAAAGAGAAAAUAUAAUGGUAAAGUCAAAUACUGUCAGGUUCAUGAUGUGGUGCUUCACUUUUGCUUGGAGAGGAGUAGAGAAGAGAAGUUUAUGCUACUAGUAAAGGGGCAUUAUAGCCACCAGUUUCAACCUUCUGAAUGGAAGGAAAGUCGAGUGAGCUUCAAUUACAGUAAUGAGCUUUCCAAGUUUGCAUCUCUGAGAUCCAAAACACGGAAAACUUUCAAUCAACACUUGAGGUCAUUGAUAAUGACGAAUGGAGGUCUAUUUCAUAUCUCAUAUACUUGGGAUCCCUUCCGUCAGUGUAGUAAAUUGAGACUUGUUAAGGUCUUGGAUUUGAGUUCUCAUAAAGUGGAGUGUUUGUCGUCAGCUACAUUGCAACCACUAAUUCACCUGAAGUACCUUGCACUUCACACAAGUAAAUUUGAUUUUCAUCCAAAAUCACAUCUUCCCAAUCUUGAAACUUUGAUUGUGAAUUGUUAUGCCAACACUAUGCUGUUACCAGGGACUUUUUGGAAAAUGGAAAAAUUAAGGCAUGUUGACAUGCAUUUGCCUGAAUUUGAUAAGCAAGGGAUCUUUGAAGAAUCCUCUAAAUUGGAAAAUUUGAGGAUAUUAAGGGCAGUUGUAAUUGAAAUUGAUAGGGUGGAUGUGUUAUUAGGGAAGUGUCCUAAUGUUCAAGAACUUCGAAUCAGGUUUAAAGGCGAUAGAAAAUCCAGAGAGCCUUUUUGUUCCACAUUGGAGAGUUUUACCAAGCUUCAAUCAGUUUUCAUUUCCUUUAUGGGGUCCCCAAUUCCAUCGGAGUUACACUUACCUUCAAAUUUAAAAAAACUGGUAUUAGAUGGGAUUCAUGUAGAAAAAGCAAUUUAUUUCACCGUGGGACUACCAAAUCUGGAGUGUCUCCAUUUAAGGGAUUUCACUCAUUCCGAAGAGUGGUACCUUCCUAUAGAUAUCACACUGCAUAAACUUAAGUUCUUGAAACUGUCCUACUUACGUAUCUCAAGGUGGAAUGUCUCGGAGGAAUCCUUUCCCCUGCUUGAAACACUUGUUAUAAAUGGGUGUAGUAAGCUUGAGGAGAUCCAGUUAAGCUUUGCAAAUAUUCUAACACUGAAACAGAUUAAGUUGAUGUACUCUGGGAACGAAUCACUGGAGGCUUCAGUUGAGAGAAUUAAAGAAGAAAUCACAGAGAAUGAAGGAUGUGACCGUCUUAACGUCAUCAUUAUCAAAUGAGGAGAGCUAUCACUGGCAGCUCUGAGUAACCACAACAAUGACAACUGCAGCAAAAGUACAGACAUGUUGCUGCCAUGCUCAUGCUGAAGUCUAUUGUGCGGCUAGCAGAAACGCCCAUCCUCUCAUCAACUCCUUUUCUGUAUGUUUUAGAUGAUCGCAGACCAAUAUAUGUCACAUGAUCUGUCAAAACAUUGUUUCGUUUUGUUUCUGUAAUGUGAUGGUUGUUUUCCCUGUUAAUUUCUAUAAUCCCUUUAUCUUUCACCUUAAUUACCACAUUCAUGUUCUGAAGCGCGAUCCUAUGUUUUCUUCUGCUUGCUUUGUAUAUGAUACUUCAUUCCUUUAAUAUAACAAGAAGGUAG